UCAUGGCUGGGCAAUUUCGAGCCCGACGCUACGAGCUCGAGGGAGCCGCGGCGUCCCUGGAUCGGCAUCCGGCAGCUGCGCAUCCGCUGCUGGAUCAUGAAUGCGGCGCUGCGGCCGCCUCAAUUCACUGCGCGGUUCUUCGGGACGAGAAGGAGCCGCUCUUGGCGGAGGUCGUCUUUGAUGAUCCGCUGAGGUCGGGUGGUUUUGCUGAGAAGGAUUUGGCUUCUCCUCCGGCAAUGUGGCACAAGUCCAAGACUUCCAGACGGGUGGUUUCCAAGAGUGUCAUGGACGAGCAAGUGGAAAAUGCCGCGGCGGAUUGGGAUGCUUAUAAGCUCACACUUUCUCAGAGAUUUGGAUCGUCUGGCACCAUGACGAUGUCCUCGGCUUUUGAUGUUCUUGCGAAAGAUCACAAAGCCGCCGGAACGAGCACACAUCUCCAGCAGCUGGAAGAUCCCGAGAGAAAGGCCUUCGAGGAUGUCAAGAUUCUCACGCAGCAAGAAUGUGUGACGAGACUGAAGGAUCUUAACGAAGAGAUUGCUGAAGCUUGGAGGAGCGAAGAACGCGUUUCUGCUUUGAGACUUACCAUCAAGGUAGCCAGGCUUUUGAUGGACACUUCCGUGGCACACUUCUAUCCCGUGUUGUUCGUGCUCGUAACUGAUGUCCUGGAUAAUGUCGGCGAUUUAGUGUGGAUGCGUAUCAAGAAAAAGGCCGAGACCGAUGAAAACGGGAAUGCCAUUGAACUGCCAGUGGAUUUUUCAUCUAGCGACAUCUCUCAGGAGGCGAAGGAUACAUGUAACAACUGGUUUUUAAAAAUUGGGUCCAUCAAAGAGCUCUUGCCUCGGAUAUACCUCGAAAUUGCUAUCCUGCGGUGCUUGCAAUUUCUAGAGCGAGAUCCUAUCUCGACCAUUCAGAGGUUGUCUUCGAUGGUCAGAGGGUUGGGAAGUCCUUUGACGUCUGCCUAUGCUUACAUAUACUUAUCGCGUAAAGGGCUUGCACUUUUGCCGAUGGAAAGAGGUUAUCUGGUUAGUGGUAUCCAUGAUUUUACAAUGCUGUUAUACAGAUUAAUUGCUGGGGAGUUCAAUCAGAAUCUUUUAGAGCUGCACAUUCAGAAACAAACGUAUGUGAGACUGGUCGAACCAAUGUUCGAGUGGGUGCUCCACUGCAUAUUCAAGCUUCUAAAGCAGGAGGAAACACAAGAAGUUGUGGUUGCUCUUUGUGGCAAACGAGAGAAAGAUGGAAUGAAGCCUUUGUCAAUAUUGGUGCAUUACUUGCUCAAGCAGCUUCCUGCCACAUUCGUGGCUAACCAUGCCAUUGAGAUCUCCAGAUUGGUGAAAAGCUCUACCGACAUUUCAAUGCCGCAGAGUGCCAGUUUUGUCACACUCGGAAGAAAAAUGUGCGACUGUCCACCUCCUCGUGAAUUUCGACUUCAAGUUCUCAGUGAUGUAUGGAAGGCGACUACAAAGUACACGUCUUUAAUAGACUAUGUAGCUGUCGCCAACGCGUUUGUCGAAUACAUUCUUCAGUGUUGCUCAGAAACAGAGCUUAUCGUAGUGCUUCGUGAUUUAAAGCAGCACUUAAGCGACGGGGAGAUUGAUCAUGAAGUUAUGGAGUUCCUUGAGUUCAUUGCUCUAAAGCUGAUUGACCAUUACGCAGACUUUAAACACCUACUUGGUCUGGAGACAUUCAUGGACAUUCUUGAUAUGUUUCAUGGGGAUUUCCGGCUUAAUGUCUACAAGUGUAUUUUGAAUUCGGUCUCCAGGAAUAACAUGCCUGUGCUUGAUCCAGUCUGCAAAAACUUUUUGUUUGAAUCAACUAAAGUGCUCCAUGAUUCCUUAGACAGUUUUAGUAGUGAUGACGAUCGAAGGCAAAUAGCUCGUCUGGUGGUCAGAUUUAUUCAACUGGCUGAUUACGGGAAGAAUCUCGAGACCCAGCUAGAUUUUCUUGUUGAGUGUCGUGCGGCUUUUCCGAGGAUGGACGCUGUUAGAGAGGAAGUUGUCCGUGCUAGCCAUGGCAUAGCUAUGUCGACAUUUAAACUCUGGAAAGGCUGUCAUUCCGAAGCGAGCAUGGAUUUUGUGAAGUCGUGUAUAGCAUUCAACGAGAUCACUAUACCGUCAAUCACCGAUGUUACUGUGCGCGUUCAGCUUUAUAUCACGACUGGUGAGGUUGCUCUGAUGAACGGCCUGCUAUCUUAUGUUCUGAAUCUCUUGAAAUCCGGAAUACUUUGCUUACAAGAACUUCGUUCCGAAGAUUCCAAUAACGAAGAUGAGCUACGACCUUUACUACUGAAGCUUUGUUCGUUUCUGGUAGUGGUGCCAGGGGAUCCGGAACUCGGUGUGUUGUAUUUUCCAAGAGGCCUUGUGAACUUGCUCGAUGCCAAACCCUGGUUACUGAAAGGAAGGAAGAGACUGCAAGUCCUCCUCGGUAUUCUCUCUACAGUCUCGACAUUGUCUCAAGACGAUCUUCCAUACCAUGUAGCAAAUGAACAGGUAGAUAGCAACGAUACGUUGUACUUUGGAGAGUCGGGAUAUCAAGAAGAACUGCAGAGCUUUGGUGCUAUGGUUCUGGAAAAAAUUGUCGCUGUCGUCAAGCAAGAAAAGAAUGCGUUGCAACGCGGGUACAUGCUACUGGAUACUUGUAACACUCUUUUAAUGGCGUUCGAGAACGCUGAUGAAAUGGGAGCUCAAAUGCUUGAAAGAGCGCGAUCGCUGUUGCCAAAAGAACUAGGCUAUUUGGAAGCAACAAAGCAGCGAGUUCUGAGAAGCUUUGGAGCAUGAAUCCAGUACGCUCGUCCAUGUCACGGCAUUUGGCUGGAGAGGCAUUCCUCUCACGACCGCCAAACCUUCAUCCAACCGGUGGAGCCUUCCAAACAGGUCCACAACACAGUUAUAGUGCUCAAUACCAGGAACGAUUCCAUACUCUUGCACCAUUUUCUUGAAAAUUCGUGACGCUUUAUCGGUUGAUCCAGCACGGGUGCAAGUAGCUAGAAGUGAUACAAAGGUGAUCCCAUCGGCUGCUACAAAUUCGGCCUCCAUUGCUUGAAAGAGAUGGAAGACGAGCUUUGUGUUUCCUUGGUGACUGUAUCCUGCUAUCAGGGCAUUCCAUGCAAGAAUGGUGGUAGUUCCAGAUGAUAAGGAAUCGAAAAUAAGUUGGCUACUUCUCAUA